CUUGCCCGUCGGUGAUCGGCUUGCGCCCGUCUAUGACAGCCAGUACUGAUCGGACCUCGCGAAUAUGUGCUGUGAGGUUUCUAGAACGACACGAACAUAAUGAAUAGAUGACCGAUGGCCGGAUCCGCCUCGGCUUGUUUUAUGAUAUUCCAUUCUGAGAGUAAGUCACCGCCGUUCCAAAGGGGGGGCUCGCAGUACUUAUUAACGUUUACGACUCUUCUGAGAAGUUUGGCAUGUUCACUAGUACUAUUAGUCGUGUCGAAUCUAGCACCUGUCGUCUCCGCCAUUACUAUCAAUCGAAUAGCGUACGUGCUUCGAAUCUGCUUGAUUACCACUAAGGCACAUACCUUGAUAAGCACUUCUGAUGUUCGUUACAUGUUUGUUUAACACAUAUGUCAACAUGGCGAUUUCAAGUAUCAUCCGCAGACCUUUUGUGAAGAAACUUGUCCAGGGGUUACUAAGACGAUCUCGCGUUGAAAUGGUUG